AUGAGUGGGAAAAGCGGAAGCAUUCAAAAAGUUAAAAAACAAUCCCGACAGUCUAUAACCAUUGCUGUGAAGAAAGCUAUCAUAGCAAAAAAAGCAGCCGGAAUACCAGUGGCAAAUAUUGCGGAAGAGUUUGGGAUUAAAAAGGACACCAUUUGGGGGAUAUUGAGAAACCAGGAAACAAUCUCUAAAUCUUCUGUAGCAAGUGGCAUCACGAAGUUGUCCCAUGGAUUCAGAAGGACACACAUACUCGAUGAAACAGAAGCUCUCCUAUUAAAAUGGGUAGGAGAAAGACAGAAAAAUAACGAUAUUACUCCCCAGGAGAUUAUAUGCCAGAAGGCACGGAUGAUAUUUCACGACCUCAAGGAAUCCCCAAAGUACGCUCCUUGUGAUGCUGAGUUUAGCGCUAGCCGGGGAUGGUUCAGCCGAUUCAAACAGCGGACUGGAAUACAUAAUGUGACGCUUCACGGCGAAGCUGGGAGUGGGAAUGUGGAAGCAGCGGCUGAUUUUGUGCAAGUAUUUUCCCAGGUGAUGGAUGAAAAAGGGUACCAUCCCGAUAUGAUUUUCAACGCCGAUGAGACGGGGAUGAAUUGGAAAAAACUCCCACGUACAACUUUUGUCACAAAGGAGAUGAAGAGAAUGCCUGGGAGAAAACCUCUUAAGGAUCGCUACACGCUUCUUCUGGCUUCGAAUGCUUCCGGGGAUUAUAAAGUAAAGCCACUCAUGAUUUAUAACGCACAGAAUCCUCGAGCCUUUAAAAAACAUAAGGUAAUAAAGUCUCGACUUCCGGUGACAUGGAGUUUUAGUAAGAAGUCCUGGAUGACUGCUGAGAUUUUCACAAAAUGGUUGAUCGAAGACUUUGGCCCCGAUGUGAGGCAAUAUCUCAUACGAAAAGGACAUCCACUGCGUGCUAUCCUUUUGUUGGACAAUUGUUCCAGUCAUCCAAAGAAACUGGAGGAAAAGUUGAAGCAGAAUGGGUUGGACUUCAUCAAAAUCCAAUUUCUCCCGGAGAAUACUACGUCACUGAUUCAACCUAUGGAUCAACAAGUGAUCGCAACCUUUAAAAAGUUUUACACGAAAUUCCUCUUCCAACGAUGUGAAGAAUAUUGCAGAUUUUCUGGAAAUCAUGCAUUGAUAAAAUUCUUCAAGGAAGAAUUAGACGUUGUGGUCUCAAUUAAAAUAGUUGAAGAAGCAUGGGCGGCAAUUAACGAGAAGACCCUGAGAGCAGCGUGGAAAAAUAUUUAUUAUUCGGCUCGGAAUGAUGAUCAAGCAAAUGACGAGUCUGAUAGCGGACAGGACAACCUCAUAAGAGAAAUCAUGUCCAGUGCCAGUAAUUUGGACUUGGAGUUCGAUGAAAAUGAUCUCGAAGGUCUUCAUAUUGCGCCCGAACUGUCCACUGAAGAUUUAAUUGAGAUGGUUAGGGAGGAUGGACAGCAACAUGAAGAUGCAGAUGAAAAUGCAGAAGGAGACGCAGAUGAAAAUGCAGAAGGAGAUGCAGAUGAAAAUGCAGAAGGAGAUGCAGAUGAAAAUGCAGAAGGAGAUGCAGAUGAUAAUGCAGAAGAAGAUGCAGAAGAAGAUGGGUUGAUGGAAAAAGAUAAUUCCUUCCAAAAUGUGUCCACGGAGAUGACAAGAGUCAUUCACAUGGAAAAUAUUCAAGAUAUGAUGCGAAAAUGGGCGGAAGUUAAAGCUGAAAUUACUUCAUUCCGUCUCUUGCAUCCCACGCCCGGGAAACUUCUUCAAAUUUCUGAAGAUCUAAACGAUGCAAUGAUAUUUUUCAAAAAUAUGUUUAAAGAAUAAAAGUGAUGCAUGUAAAUUAAUAUUUUUUUAUUAGCUGUGUUUCUUUCAGACACAGCUUUUGUGUACCGAGCAAAAUCGAAAGUCGUCAGAUCGGGCUCAAACUUGGGAUGAGCACGAAUUAGGGUCCCCACAUUCCAAAAAACGUAUGCGCCAAAAAAAUUUUUUUCCGGCCGGCCGGCCUUCCGGAACCUUUUGCUAAAUUACAAGAGAACGGUGUUAGAUAGAGACUUGCGGUAAAUGGCAAAGUUUAAAUAUCGACCGGAAGACAUCCGAUUUUCAGGUCAAAUCCACCCCCCGCCCCUCCGUCCGCCAUUUUGAAUAAUCUCAAAAUUUUGUUUUGCCUAUAUCUCAGCCCCUGUAUAAUAGCUAAAAAUCUGAAAUAUAGACAUAGACUAGACCGCUUAACAUACAGAAACGCGACAUAUAUGAGACAUAAUAGUGGAAAAUAAAAGUGAUUUUUAUUUAACAUAUUCAUGAUAAGUUGUCAGCAUUGCUGCGUAAAUGUGCAAUGUGAAGCAUUGGUCAGAAACUUGAUUAUUUGAGACCAUGAUUAUUCGGGUUCAAGGAGGAGAAAUGAUAAACCGGAGCGCUAAUUAUGCGGG